GAUAAGAAAACAGAAGUUAAGACCAAAGUGAUGGAAGGAGAAUGUGUUGCAUUUUGCAUAGUGGUAGCCGGAAGAAUGGGCUGCCACGUCGGGUGUCCAAAUGUCGACAAGCCGUCACACAGCCGUUGUCAGCUGCUUAUUAAACCGCAAUGCCAACAGUCAAUGUCUUCCACACUAAAAAAAAAGUCAAACAAGAGUUUUAGGUUAAAUAGUAAAAUUGGAAAGAAAGAGGGUUCUUGAGUACAGUAUGUCGGCUAUGUUUUGAGUUUAAUUAAUAUAAAAAAAAAUUGGGAAAGAAAAAAGUGACGGCGCAGCCACAUAACGCAUAUCUUUAGCCGCCUAACAUGACACAUAUCUUCUCGCUCUCUUUAUAUAUAACACACGUAGACAUGUCACGUUUGGUUAACUUUAGGGUUUUAUGGUGAUUGAAUACAAACGAAAACAAGACUUUCCUAUGGUGAAAGAAGGAAUGGUCAUGAACGAGAAGCCAAAGAGAAAUCUCAUGAGCCCCAAUGAGAAGCGAUACAAAGGGAUAAGGAUGAGGAAGUGGGGGAAGUGGGUGGCUGAGAUAAGAGAGCCUAACAAACGAUCACGGAUCUGGCUUGGUUCUUAUAAAACCGCGGUUGCAGCGGCACGUGCCUAUGACACCGCUGUGUUUUACUUACGAGGUCCAUCGGCGAGACUCAAUUUCCCCGAACAGGUCUUACAAGAUGGAAACGGCGGUGAAGGUGUAGGAGGAGACAUGUCUGCGACGUUAAUACGGCAGAAGGCGGCUGAGGUGGGAGCUAGAGUCGACGCGGAGUUGCGGUUAGAGAAUAAGAUGGUUGAGAAAUUAGACAUGAAUAAGUUGCCGGAGGCAUAUGGAUUGUAAUUUUUUAUAGUUUGGUAGUUUAUAGGUUGGAGAUUGCCCGGAGACAGAGUUAAACAGAGGUUCUCUGACUCAUAUGAGGCUUAAUAUAGUUGAAAUUUGCUUUUUUUUUUUUUUUUUUUUUU